AGACUAGGCUACAGUCUGGAAUGGGUCCUGCCGAAGUUAGAAAGUCAGGGGACAACAAUGAUUGCGACCAAACCAAGAAACUGAUCCAUGAAGCACAAAUAACAUCUGAACUAUAAGGAGCCAUGGAUGGCAGAAAUGAGUCCGAAACCCUCACCUCAAAUGACCCCAAACCCUCAAGCUCCACAGGGAGCUCUCUCCUGCAGACCAGCACAGGUUGUGGUGUGGUGCUGGUCCUCUCGGCCCUGGUGGCGUCGGUCAGCGGGCUGCUCCUGGGCUACGAGAUGGGUCUGAUCUCGGGGGCGCUGCUGCAGCUGCGUGAGGCCCUGUCGCUGUCCUGCCAGAGCCAGGAGCUGGUGGUCAGCUCCCUGCUGCUGGGCGCCCUUCUCUUCUCGCUGGCCGGCGGCGCCGUGCUCGACCGCUGGGGACGCCGCUUCGCCAUCAUGCUCACCGCCGCCAUGGCCGUGGGCGGCACCCUGCUGAUCGUGUGCAUGAACUCGCUGGCCGCCCUCGUGGCUGGACGGGUGGUGGUGGGCAUGGCCGUGGCGCUGUCGGGUACGGCGUCCUGCCUCUACAUCGCAGAGGUGGCUCCUCAGGCAUGGCGCGGGCGCCUGGUGUGCCUGUACGAGCUGAUGGUGGUGCUGGGUGUGCUGUUGGGCUUCGGCCUGAGCUACGCCUUUGUGGCGGUGCCCGGGGGCUGGCGCUACACCUUCGCCGCCGUCAUCCCCCCUGCGCUGGCCCAGGCUGCCGCUAUGUACUUCCUGCCGCGCAGCCCCCGCUUCCUGCUGGCCAGGGGCAAGGAGGAGGAAGCCCGCACCGUGCUGGAGCGUCUUAGGGGGGCGUCAACGUUGUCGACGACAACAACGACGUCGGCCGGGUUGUUGCCGGGCGCUGCAGGGUCUCCCGCGCUGACCGUCGUGGAGGAGGAGCUUCGGACCAUCCGGGCCGCCCUGUGCCGGGAGAUGCAGCACAGCUUCCUGGACCUCUUCCGUUCCCACGACAACAUGCGUCAGCGGCUGCUGGUGGGCGCGGGGCUAGUGUUCCUGCAGCAGGCCACCGGGCAGCCCAACCUGCUGUCCUACGCCUCCACCGUGCUGCGCCACGUGGGCUUCCAGAGCGGCCAGGCCGCCACACUGGCCUCCACGGGGCUGGGCGUGGUCAAGGUGGGCGGCACGCUGCCCGCCAUCCUGCUGGUUGACCGCUUGGGGCCCAAGGCCUUUCUGUGCGUGGGCUCCGGGGUCAUGACGCUGUCGCUGGCUGCGCUGGGUGCCGCCACCGCGCAGAGCCACACGCAGGUGCAGAGCCUGUGCCAGAGCUCGCUGCCGACGCCCACCCCCCACCCCGGGCCAAACCAUUCCCACUGGGGACAGGGGAAGGGGGAGCCCCUGGGACUGUACCAAACCGCCCUAAACCUCAGUGAACUCAGUAGGAGCUACAGCCCCGCUUGGACCAACAGCAGCAGACAGGCGACGGAUCAGCGUCAAGGAAACUGGAGCCUUGCCGAGGAUUCUGGGGGACGGAGUGCUGGAGACAUGGGUGUGUCCUCAUCUCUGAAGUGGAUCUCAUUGGUCAGCCUGCUGGUGUAUGUGGCAGGCUUCUCCUUCAGCCUUGGACCAAUGGUAUACGUGGUACUCAGUGAGAUUUUUCCGACUGGGAUCCGAGGGAAGGCUGUAUCCGUGGUGUCCGCCUUCAACUGGGCAACAAACCUCAUCAUAUCCAUGACCUUCCUCACCAUCACAGAGAAGAUUGGCCUGCCCAACGUGAUCUUCUGCUACGCAGUGAUGAGCUUCGUCCUUCUCAUCUUCGUCAUCCUCUUCAUCCCAGAGACCAAGGGCAGGUCGCUUGAGCAGAUCUCCAAGGAGCUCGCCAUGAAGAACAACCUCCGGGACAGGCUGUGCCCAUGGCGAAGUUCAAGGACCGACACCUCAAGGCCUCAGGAAGUGAAAACGCUGACCUCAGUAUAACCUUUCACCUCAAAACAGCAGAGACCUUUAAUUUGUAGUGGACACUUUUGGGUGGUGGGGUGGGUGGAGAUGCUCUCCGUUGUCAGAGCACAGGUGUGAUGUAAUGUCAUCAGAGGACAGGUGUGAUGUGAUGUCAUUAAACCAGAGGUGGAGAAGUCCGGCUUCAGAAAGUAAAAGUCCUACCAUGUAUUGGUUCUACCUUUGCUCUACGGGUGCUCUCACUAAAUAGCUGAUUUAUAGGAACGUCACCUAUUACCAACCAUCACGUAUUUCCAACCACUUGUGUCACUCAAUAUUCAUUUCUAUACCAACCAAGACGGCGGAUUCCUAAAGAAACGCAAGCACCAUAGAUUUUGUUCAAAUCUACAUACCUAUGGCUACUGAAAAUUGUAAGGUUCAUUUAUCAAAUGUUAUUUUGAAGUAUUAAAAAACAUUGUUGUUUUAUAAUUUUCAAAGGAAAGGGUUGGUAAUUGGUGGUUUUUCGAUACCUGGCUGAAGAGUUCCAGAGAGCCAGACUUUUCCACCUCUGCAUUAAACAAGGUGUGGAGGAGGGACCUGGAUGGUUGAUGGAUUAAACCUGACAUGGUUCUGGCUUGGAUUGGGACAGUCAACAGCCAGUUCUGUUUGUUUGUUGUGUUU